UGGCUGCUUGUCGUCGACUCCACCCCUCAUGCAGACGGAGCAGGCAUGGCGAGCACCGAGGCUAGAAGGGAGUGUGAGACAGAGGGCUGCAGUAAGGACGCCAAACUUCAGUGCCCCACAUGUAUCAAGCUUGGUAUUCAGGGGUCCUACUUCUGCUCACAGGAGUGUUUUAAAGGAAGCUGGGCGUCUCACAAGUUGCUGCACAAGAAAGCAAAGGAGGAGAAGAACCAGAAUGAAUCUAAGAACUGUGUGGAGAAGGAGACCAACACAGACCCAUGGCCAGGAUACCGCUACACAGGAAAACUACGCCCUCACUACCCUCUGACUCCCAUGAGGCCUGUGCCAGGUGACAUCCAAAGACCUGACUAUGCUGAUCAUCCCAGAGGGAUAUCUGAGUCUGAGCAGUUCUUGAAGGGGACGUCACAGAUCAAGAUCCUUUCUCCAGAGGACAUCGAGGGCAUGAGAAUCGUAUGCAAGCUGGCAAGAGAAGUCCUGGACAUUGCAGCCGUGAUGGUGAAACCAGGCGUUACAACAGAAGAAAUCGACCACGCCGUGCAUCUGGCCUGUUUAGCAAGGAACUGCUACCCCUCCCCUCUCAACUACUACAAUUUUCCAAAAUCCUGCUGCACGUCAGUCAACGAAGUCAUCUGCCAUGGCAUCCCAGACAGAAGACCCCUUCAAGAAGGAGAUAUCCUCAACGUGGACAUCACCGUCUACCACAACGGUUUCCAUGGCGACCUUAACGAAACCUUCUUUGUUGGCGAGGUGGACGAAGGAGCAAAGAAACUGGUUCAGACUACGUAUGAAUGCCUUAUGCAAGCCAUUGACUCUGUGAAGCCCGGCAUUCGCUACAGAGAGCUGGGGAACAUCAUUCAGAAGCACGCUCAGGCCAAUGGCUUCUCUGUGGUCCGAAGCUACUGCGGCCACGGCAUCCACAGACUUUUCCACACGGCUCCAAAUGUGCCACACUAUGCCAAAAACAAAGCAGUUGGUGUUAUGAAACCUGGUCAUGUUUUCACCAUUGAACCCAUGAUAUGUGAUGGUGGUUGGCAAGAUGAGACGUGGCCCGACGGCUGGACGGCGGUGACCAGAGACGGGAAGCGCUCGGCUCAGUUCGAACACACCCUGCUGGUGACGGAAACCGGCUGCGAGAUCCUCACCCGCCGUCUGGAGGACAACGGACGCGCUCAUUUCCUCAGCGAAAUGUAGACCGGAACCCGCCGAGGACUGGACUUUACCAAACACACACCCCCAGCACUUCUGCAGCGCGCACACACACAAACACACUUGCGCACACAUCUCAAAUCAAGAGGCACCACUCCUGGAGCUCAGUGCAACUGCAGCUCUCAUGGCUUUUUGAAUUAAAUAUUGGUUCCUCAAAGUAAAUGGAAGUACUUGAAUGUGUCUUAUAUCAAAUGUGGAUUACUUUAUUAGUGAAAAAUGUAUCCUCUGGAGGAAAUAUAAAAGUAUUUAUGAGAUUUGGUUUUGCUUAGCGGCUUGACAGGCUCGUUUUGACCCGGAGCUGUCACUGGAUGUCUAGUUGUUGUUGUCGGUGGUGGGUGGAGCUCAGGGCAGAUUCAACUAGUACACCACGCUCUGCUUUUUUUUUUUUUUUUUUUUUGUCUCGUCAGCCUCAUAAUGUCAUAUGAAUUUACCAGAUGUGGAGUGAGGAGAACCAGCAAUACUAGAGACUAGAGGAGGGGUUCAGGAAACCAACUAGCAACUUAAACUUUAGUCUUAUCAAAUUCAAGUUGCCAGCUAGUUGCCUCGCAUGUAAAGAAAAGCAAUCUGAAAUGAGUUGAUUUACUGCUUGAUGAAAGAGAUGGCUGAUCAGCUGACUCAUCCACCUAUUGACGUGUCCAGUACAAACGCUCUAGCCUAAUUGUUGUAGCUUGAAUGUGGCUAUUAUUAGCGCUCGUCCAGUGAGGAAAUCGUCAACAGUUGCUAGGAGAGUUGUGACGUAUCCUUAAGAGCAUCUGCAUGAUUAUCCAGAAUGAGCAUAGCGACCCUGAGCUUAACGUGCCGGACUUAUCAGCCCUUCUGUGCGAAGUGCUCCUGUGGUGUCUCAUGUUUCCAUUAGCCCCGGUGUAGCAAAUUAAAAUGUGAAUCUAGAAAUUACAACUAGCUGGUUAUCUCAGUUGGUGGCCCCUCUCUCCUUUAAGUCUGCGGUCACAAUUCAUCUCGAUGACGGGAUUUUCCUCGUGCGACAAGCAGCAUUCGGUAUUUCCGUAUUUUCAGAGGACUAAUGUGAUCAGAGAUUCUCUGCCAUCUUUGUAUUUCUUCUAAUGGAGUAAUAAAUUACUCUUCUGUA